UAUCGUAUAUCAUUGACAGAAUCGACUAUUGAUAACUUUUUAAUGGCAAAGAAGUGUUACCUUAUCCCACCAUGCAUGUAUGAUUAAUAAAGAAAAUAAUAGCAGAGAGGAAGCGCGUUCCACAGAAAGGUGAAGCAUGGCUGUGUCCUCUACCACCGCCCCAGUAUGUCUUCCUGCUAAAAACAUUCCAACCCCUCAGCUCCAAAAACUUGGUUUCUCAAGUACCCUUUCUUUUACUGUGAAACAGCGGAGAUCGUUACGCAUCAGAAGCUCCUCGGCUGAGACCUCUGACACAGGGCUAGAUUCAGAGAGUUCCAUUGAACUUCCCAAGGAACCCUAUUCAUUAAUUUCUGCUCUUAACGUCGAAAGGAUUCUCCGCGGCUUACCAAUUACAGAUGCAGAUCAUUAUGGUAGGCUAGGUGUUCCACGAGGAUGUCCCUUUGACAUGGUGGGGGUUGCCUAUAAGAACAAGAUUCAAGAAUUGAAGAGUCAGAAUCUAGAAGAGGAGGAACUUGAGAAGAAAUUGGAACUUCUCAAAGAAUCAUACAUCAUCCUGUCCUCCGAAGAAGAAAGAAGAAUCUAUGACUGGAGUUUGGCCAGAGUAAACAACACCGAAACAUUCAUUUGGCCUUUCGAGGUUGACAUAACACAGACAAAAAUCCCAGAUGAAGAUCCUCCACAACUGGAUACUGAAGAUGUUCGACCAACGAUAUUGGUUGGGUAUUUCACUUUGGGAUGGUUAGUGCUAGGAGCUGUGGUAUCUAUCGCUAUAGCACUAAACCAAUAGAUGUAAUGUUUUACGGCGAUAUCGGUUGGGUAUUUCUGUUCUUAGAAAAUAUGAUAUGUGGCAGUCUCAUCACAUUCUAUCAUUUUUACCACAGGAUAAAUCUAUGAUAUAACGAAGCUUCCUCAAAGAAUAUUUAUUGCAUUGGAUGAGAAAAAUUAAGAAAUAUAUAAAGUUCUGAUA